AUGGCCUGGCUGUGGGUGCUUCUGCCCUGGUCUUCCCGGCAGCUGGGGGAGGGAGUCUCCUGGUUCCGGGCCACCCUGUGCUCCCACGCUGGGCCGAGGCUGACCUUUGGGCUUCGGGUGCCCCCCAAGCCCGUGUUCUGGGCGCUCCUGCUGGCGCUGCUGGGGACCGCGCCAGGCCAUCCCCAGCCCCGCGCCUGCAGCGUCCCCGACGUGCUGCGCUACUACCGCGCCAUCAUCUUUGAGGACCUGCAGGCCGCGGUAAGGCGGGUCGGGCCGCGGACCGAAGGGGCUGGGCCAGGCUCCAGACACCUCCAUUUCAUUCAGAAAAACCUGACUGAAGCCGAGGCCCCCGGACGGCGGGGACGGCUCGGGGCCUCCUGCAGCGCCCAGAAGGAGCACGGUAUCCUACUGUCCAUCGCGUCCCUGGGUCGGACCCUGCGCCGGGCGGUGGCCGGGGCCCGCCGCGGGGCCCUAGAGAGCGCGGCGUGGACCGUGGCCAUGCGCACCGAGGCGGUGAUGCGGCGCCACUGCGGGACGCUGCGCCAGCGGAGCUGGCGGCCCGAGACGCGCCCUGCCCGGCGUCGCGGCGGCCGGAGGCGGCUCCUGCUGCGCGCCCUGGACGCCGUCGCCACCUGCUGGGAGAAGCUCUUCGCGCUGCGCGCCGCGGGCCCCGGGGGCUCCUAG